AUGGAGUUUCUUCAACAGGAGGAAUUUCCUCAUCCUCUAUCCCGUGUCAAGCAAUCAGCUGGAUAUAGAUUUUCAUAUCAGAUAGGUGACUCUUUAAUCUGGCUUGGAAUUCGAGACAUGAUAAAUGAUGUUUGGAAGAAAAAGUUGAAUCUGCGACCUAUCACUUAUUUUAGUGGUUAUCAAGGCUCUGAGAAUGAUAUUCCACAUAGAUACAUAUGGAGUCCUCAUCUUGUUCCUAAACCAAAAGAUUGGGGACCUAAAAUUUAUGUGGUUGGAUUUUGUUUCCUUGAUCUCACAUCAAACUACAAACCCCUUGAAGAACUUGUAUGCUGGCUUAAAGCUGGCCCAAAGCCAAUCUACAUUGGCUUUGGUAGCCUUUGUGCUAAAUUUGGGAAGCUGAACAAAUCGGUUGAGUUCCCAGAGAUUUUAGACAUGGCUCCAUAUGUUAGUGGGUCAAGUGAUAAGUCGCCAGUUUACAGGCUUUAUGGGGUGGUGGUUCAUGUAGAUACAAUGAAUGAUGCCUUUUCUGGUCAUUAUGUUUGCUAUGUUAAGAAUCAUCACAAUCAAUGGUUCAAAUUUAACGACACCAUGGUGAAUGAGGUGGAUCUUCAACAUGUACUAACAAAAGGCGCAUACAUGCUCUUUUAUGCAAGAUGCUCCCCACGGACCCCACGAUCAAUACGCAGCUCAAUAAUCCAGCAUUAA